AUGCCUAAAACACGAUCAACGAGUGGGCCCCCACGUAAACAGGGCUUCAAUAAGUCCAAUCAUUCUAUGAAUCCAGAAAGAUCCAAAGAAGGAUUGAAAGGAGUAGCUAAGGCACGUACAAAGGGCACGAUAAAAAGGUUGCAGAUGUACAGAAACUUCAAAGCCAAAAGAGAUAGAACAGGAAAAAUUAUAACUCCUGCCCCAUUUCAGGGCUGGUUGCCUUCAGGCACAGUAGCUAGAGUAGAGCCAAAUCAGAAAUGGUUUGGCAACAGUAGAGUAAUUUCACAAAAUGCCUUACAAAAAUUCCAAACUGAGCUAGGAGCUGCCGUAAAAAAUCCUUACCAAGUUGUCAUGAAACCCACAACUCUCCCCAUAACAUUACUGAAUGAGAAAGCCAAAAAUGCAAGGGUACACUUACUAGAUACUGAAAGUUUUGAAAGUGUUUUUGGUCCAAAAAGAAGCAGGAAAAGACCAAAUCUUGCAGUAAAAGGCAUUGAAGAGCUGUCUGAAAUUGCAGAUAAAAAAGCAGAGGAAUACAGUAAUGAAAAAGAUUCCAACAUUGUCAAAGAUGAUGGUGGUGUUAGGGACAUGCCCAGAGAUUGGGUGAUGGCUGCAGGACAGUCUAGAAGAAUUUGGAAUGAGCUUCAUAAAGUUGUAGACAGCUCAGAUGUUCUCCUACAAGUCUUAGAUGCAAGAGAUCCCCUGGGUACAAGGUCUUCUUAUUUGGAAAAAUAUUUGAAGACUGAGAAGCCUCACAAACAUCUGAUUUUCAUCUUGAAUAAAGUUGAUCUUGUACCCACUUGGGUAACACAGAGAUGGGUUUCUAUUUUGAAUAAAGACUAUCCUACUGUGGCUUUCCAUGCAAGCAUCAACCAUCCUUUUGGAAAGGGGUCCCUGAUAAAUUUACUCAGACAAUUUGCCAAACUCCACAUAGACAAAAAACAAAUAUCAGUCGGUUUCAUAGGCUACCCUAACGUCGGCAAAUCCUCAGUAAUCAACACCCUGAGAAGCAAAAAAGUAUGCAAAGUGGCCCCAAUCGCCGGCGAAACCAAAGUGUGGCAGUACAUCACCCUCAUGAGGCGCAUAUACCUCAUAGACUGCCCAGGGGUUGUUUACCCCUCAGCCGAAACAGACACCGAGAAAGUUCUCAAAGGGGUAGUCAGGGUGGAACUAGUAAACAGUCCUGAAGACUAUAUCCAGCCGCUACUGGAGAGGGUCAAACCGGAGUACAUCAAGAAGACUUACAAAAUUGACAGCUGGACCGAUCCAAUUGAUUUCCUGGAAAAGAUGGCGCAACGAUCGGGGAAACUGUUGAAAAAAGGAGAGCCGGAUGUUACCAGUGUGGCAAAAAUGAUACUGAACGACUGGCAAAGAGGGAAACUGCCUUUCUAUUGUUCACCACCUGGUUAUGAACAACCUUUGCCUUCAGAAGAAGUGGCUCCUGAAGAAAUUGUUUCCAAAAUCGGGGUGGUUCAGGACUUUGCAAAAAUCCGAGUAGGGCUAGCAUAUGAAGGAGAAGAUGUCAAAGAAUUAGAACCCAUAAAAGGACUCAAAACAGCUGCUGAUAAGAGCUCAGCAGAUAAAUCGGAAACUAGUUCGCUUGUGGACGAUAAUGACAGCAGUAUUGCCGAUACAACAGUCAAAACAGAAGAAGAAGACUCCGACUCUGAUUCUGAUAUCAGUUUUUACUCGGACAUGGAAGAUACGGAACAAGCAGAUUUUGUGUCGCCUAAAGAAAAGUUGUAUGCUGUUUCGGCGAGUGGAGAAUUCGAAGUGGAAGAACUUUCCAAGAAAAUGAAGACUAAGGGCGGAGUGGCUGAGAAGAAGAAAACUAGUAAACAGAGGCGAGCUCUGGAUAGAGCCCAGAAGAGGAAGAAAAUAGGCAGUAACUUCUAUGAAGUAGCUAAUGUUAAGAACAGGAAUAGAAAUAAGAAGAAGACGGUGGUUGCACGUUAA